AUGAAGGCGUUGGAAGACCAAGUUGCUGAAGCGGAACACCUGAAACAAGAUGCGAGGGCGUCUGCGUCAUCUGCAAACAACAGUGAAAUUGUGGCGCGGUAUGAACUUGAAGAGGUGAAGCGUAGGGAACAUUUUGCAAAACAAAAAGAGGAAGCAGCUCACAAGAAAAGACAGCAAGCGAUCAAGGACACUGAGAAGGCGAAAAAAGAUAUGAAGGUGGCCCAACACUUAAAAGAUAAGGCCUUGGUGGAGAAAUCCUGCACGAUGCAUCUGAGCAAGCAAGUCAAGAUGGAUAUAUAUGUUAGCGACUGGCAGAUCAACGUGCCAGAAGGAGCUACGAUACAAUAUCAGAAGAGCGGCACGUCAGCUCAUCGCUGCCCUAACAGCAUAGCUUGUCCUCAUAGCGUUGUCGAGGUGAACGUGGACCCCCGCAGCAAGGCUGCGGACAACUGCGAAACACUGCGUGCAGAGGCACAGUGCCAGGAAGGGUACGAUUCGACAACACCCGGAUGCGCUUCUUGUACACACGGUUUUGGACGCAGUAACGCUGAUCCCUUCAUCUGUGAGCAGUGUGGCCACCAGAUUCUUCAGUGGCUCGUGUGGCUUGGGGUGCCGAUCGUGCUCUACGCGGCCUCCCUCCGCAGUGCGUUUGACGCCGCGCGCAGGGGGGCAUCCGCAGCUUUCUCGAACGAUGCGCUGAAGAUCUUGCUAGCGUUCACCUCCGCCUCUGCUCUCGUCGCGUCGACCAUAGACGCAACGCCUGUGUUCCGCAGGAUGCCCGAUGGUGUCAGAGGAGUUCUCAGCAUGGGCAUUCACGCUUCGGGAGGCGACGCCACGGCUGUUGCGUCCAGCCUCGACUGCUUAGUCAACGGCGGCGAGCAACAGAUCGGGCCCCUGAGCGUUGUCGGCCUUGUGUUUGCUCAGGCAGCCAUUGCGAUGCUCCUGGCGAUGACGGCGCAGUUAAUCCAGUGGUUCCGGGCCAAGUACACGCCAGGCAGCCUCAUGGUGUGCUACAUCGUGGCGACCAACCAGUUCGUGCCACUCAUCACCGCAGCGUGCGCCCGCUCGCUCCCGUGCUACCACACACAGGUGCACCCGGACGAUCCCCUUGCGCCUGUUGAGAGCUGGCUUUCACACGAGUCACUGGCAAGUUGCAGCGGUAGGGCGAGGUAUUCAAAGAUCACGGUGCCUCUGGCUUGUGGUGCCAUUGUGGCAGGGCCGCUACUUUGGAUCUUCCUGAUUCGCAAUUCGGUGCACGACCACGCAAUGAAGUUCAUCACAGGGUCCUACACUGAGGGGCGGCAGUAUUGGGAGGCUUUCCGUCUCACCAAGACUACUGUGCUCGCCGUCACCGCGACUCUGGCUCCAACCACAUACAGCCCAUCUUCCAAAUUAGCCAUGGCACUCUUCACGAUGACCGUGUUCCUUGGUGCACACAUGCAACUCCGACCGUACAAGUACCAGGAGCUCAACAACGCAGAAGGACUCUCUCUCCUAUUCACCUGCUGCAGCCUGAUAUGCGCCUCCGUCCUCGCGACCGACGCGUGGAGCUCCACGCAGGAGAUGCAGGCGGUGGUCCUCUUCCUGUCCGCCGGCUUCCUCCUCGCAGCCUUCGUGUACCUGGUGAGGUUCUACGCGCGGGCGAAGUACCACGAGCUAUUCUCUGAGGAGGAGGAGGAGGAGAAGGAGGAGGAGGAGGAGGAGGAGGAGGAGGAGGACCACGCGGAGGACGCCGAGGGAGAGACGGCGGACGCCGCGGAGAGAGGAAAGCCGCCGGCGGAGGGCAGCACGGCCUCGGCGGGCGUCGUGGAGGAAGGGGGCGGGCGGCGUUCGAGCGACGACGGGAGCCGGGGCGACGAGCCUCAGGAGCCGCCGCCGCAGGCCGAGGUCACAAAGAGGAGGUCGUAG